AUGAUGUCGGUGACCUACGGCUCGACGAAGAAGCUGGUCCGGAAGCUGGCCGAAGAGUCGGGCUUCCAGGUCGAUGAAGCUCCAUUGACGUUCCCGCUCACGGAUGAAGCAGAAAUCCUGGAGUCUUUGGACUCUGUGCUGAAGCCGAACACCACGCUGGUGAUUCUAGACCUGAUUCCAUCGAAUGCGCCCUUCGUCCUACCCCCGGAGGCCAUCGAGCUCUGCCGUAGCAAGGCGCCUGAUGCCUUCCUUCUGCUCGAUGCAGCCCACGGGCUGUUGGGCUGGCCCCUGAAGCUCUCCGGCCCACGGCGCGAGUAUCCCGUGGAUGCCGUCAUGACGAACUGCCACAAGUGGUUUUGUGGCGCCAAGGGCACCGCGCUGCUGCACGUCUCAGAGCCACUGCAGGAGUGGUUGGAGCCCUUAGUGAUCUCGCACGGCUACGGGUCUGACCUGCCGAGCGGCUUCUACUGGCCCGGCCUGGCCGACUGGAGCUCCUUCCUGGCGCUGGACGAAGCGAUGGCCUUCUGGGACCUGGUUGGCUUGGAUGCUGCCAGGACCUACUGCAACUACAUGGUCAGAGAUGCAGCCAUGCUGCUGGCCGACGCUUGGGGCACCGACCUGGGGCUUCCGGAGGAGGUGCUGAGCACCAUGGCGCUGGUACGCUUGCCCGACUUCGCCGCACAGACGGGUGAGCAGACCUAUGAGGAGGCAGAAGCGGUUCAGAAUGCGCUCUACACGCGCAAUAUCGAAGUCCCAGUGAAAGCCCUUUCUGGGAAGCUCUAUGUGCGCAUCUCAGCUCACAUCUACAAUCAUCUCGAGGACGGGCCGGACCCGUCGUGCUUGGAGGAGGGCGGUCCAACGGCGACGACGGACGACGGACAUGAUGCACGGUGGAAAUACCAACGGCUUGCAGAGGUUGUCGCUCUUGGAAGCCAAUCUUCAACCAAAGCCUUCCUGCGGCCGGGGAGCCCCGCCGGUCAGGAUGGCGAUGACCUCCUGCAGCGGCUGGAGAUGGAACAGCCAGAGUGGGCGGACGGCGGACGCGCUCCGGCCGUUGACUCGGCCGUUGACUCGGCGGUGCGACGGGGCGAGAGCUGGCACGGACGGGUGAGGCACGUGAAGAUGACCAAUCCACCGGUCCGUGCCUUAGCCGAGCGAAACACGGGCGAUGCGGGAGGGAGGGAGCUCCUUGCGGGGACGUGGGGCUCCCCACGCGACCGCGAGCCGCGUCACCCGGGCGGAACGGGAACAGCCGUCCGCCGUUGCUCGGCUCGCGUCGUCUGCAUGGUGCGGCUGUUGGGGCUGACGGGUCCCAUUGCCUGUGGCAAGUCGACGGUGAGCGAACGGCUGGCUGCAGGAGGCUGGCCCGUGGUGGAUGCUGACAAGAUUGCCCAUGAGCUGCUUUCUGAUCGCGCAGGCCGCGUGCACCGGCGCGUGGUGGCGGAGUUUGGCCAAGAGGUCCUGACGGAUGGCGCCAUCGACCGUGAAAAGCUGGGAAAGAUCGUCUUUGGUGAUCCUCGAAAGCGAAGGAAGCUGGACCAGGCGACGCACAUGGCCAUUCUGUGGGCCAUUCUGCAGAAGACCCUGGCUUUCAUGUUGCAAGGUCAUGGGACGAUCGUGUUGGACGUGCCACUCUUGCUGAAGUUCCCGUUGCUCCGACGUCUCUGCCUGUCGGCGGUCUUGGUGGUCGUGCUGUCGCCCGAGGUGCAGCUGGCCAGGCUCAUGUCGCGCAACGGGCUCACCCAAGAAGAGGCGGAGAAGAAGAUCGCUUCGCAGCUGUCGGUGGCGGAGCAGCGGAAGUUGGCCGAUAUGGUCAUUGAGAACAAUGGCACCUUGGAGGAGCUGGAUGCUUCGGUGCGUGCCUUUCAGCGCGCGGCGCCCAGCGGCUGGCCACUGAGCUGGACCUGCGGCAGCCUGGCGACGGCGGGCGGCUUGGGUGCGGCGGCGGGAGUGCAGGCUGGCCUCUCCUCCACAACGGGUUGCCUUUUGGGCUUGUUGGGAGCUGCUGCUGCAGCCUUGUGCCGGUGA